GAUAUUCAUGAAUAUGAUAGAGAAUAUUCAGAUUACUAUUUUGAAACAGAUAAUGAAGCUUUAUAUAUGGAUAUUGAGAUAUACAAUGAGUCUUUGAUUGAAGGUAUAGAAAUAGUUGAUGAAGCUCAGCUAGAGGAUACGAAUAAAGAAAUGUCUGAUAGCGAUAGUGAAGAAAUAGCUGAAAAAUAUCUUGAUGACUAUGCCAAGCAACAAGGAUUCUGCUUAUGUAAGAGAAGGCAUGUAUUGGAUUCAAAAGAUAGUACUAUUAUACGAC